UGCCGCGCGACCCGCGGCGCGCUGACUCGGACCGGGACCCUCCUGGGCGCGGCGGCACCAGGUGAGCAGAACUAGGGUCCGGGGUUCGCCUCCCACUUUCCUCAACUUUUUGUUUCCCCUCCCUCCGGAAAGGCCCUGGGCGGCGGGAGUCCGGUCCUCCCUUUACCCCGGGCAGAGUGUGGACGCUGGCUGAGUGCAAGGGACCCGGCCCGGAGCAACUUCCCGCGGCCUGAGACCUUCCGACUGUGCCUCCAAGUUUCUGUCCCCCUGGGGUCCCCAGCGUGGACUCACGCUCUCCAGAGUCUCGGGGUCUCAAGGCAUGUGGCCAUCUCUCCGCACGCCUUCGCCCUCCUCCACGCAGAGACGCGCGGGGUCUCCGGGCGACCUUUUCGGGAUUGGGCCCGGGGCACCAGCUCUGGCCUGGGGCGGCGUGGUCACUUCUGAGGUUUCGGGCUGGGGAAAAGGCUCCGCACUCAGAGACGACGGGGAACGGCCCUUGCCUCCUCCCACGACGCUCCCGUGGCUGUGCACAGCAUUGGCCGGGGUCGGGAGGCCCGGCGUCGGGUCCCGGUAGAGCCCCCUCCUCGUGUGACCCCGGCAGUCUCCUCCGCCUCUCUGGGCCGCAGUUUCCAUCUGUGAAAAUUAGGCUUUGGACGCGGCAGACUGCGGCUCAGUGCUAGGCCCUGGGCCUUAGGCACUCCUGUUGGAGGCAGGGAUGGGGUAUCGUGUCUUGAGCUUCGGGGGUGCGGAUGGGGAGUGAGUGGGGUAGCAAGGCCUCCUUCCUGGGGCUUCGGCUACGGGUUCCAGCACUGAAGCUGUUUAGAAACCAUACUGGGGGAGUGAAGACGCACCACCGGACAGCGAGGUCCUAACUCUCCCCCUGCGGCCCAGGGCUCCUGGGCGGGGGCCCGGUUUCCUCCCACACCCUCCCUCCCAUAGGGGCCACACCACACACAACCCAACUACUCCUUACCCGGCCCCGGCUCCAGUCCUCAGGCCACAGGCCGGGAAGGGCUUAAGCCGGGCGGCCCAGGCUGGGGCGGCCUGAGGUGCUGGGGCGGUGCUGCUCCGUCCGGGACGCGGGCCACAGAGGCCUCGGGUGGAGGAGGCCGGAAAGGAGGACAGGCGGCGGGAAAGGGGGAUGAUUCAUCCCGAGGAGCUCGAAUUGGAAACGCAGCAACCUGGGAACAGCCUUGCCCAGGCCGACGGGAGAGCCGGAGGGGAGCUCUACCGGCAGGGCCCCGCGCCCAGCACCUGCAGCCCCCUGCGCCCUGCCCUGGUCACUGCCCGGCCGCUGGGGGAGGAGAGGCCUCGUCUACGCGGAGUUUAAAGCAAUCCCGGGCAAAGUCUGCCGCUGGUCCUGAUCGGAACGGUCUUCCUGGAGUCUAGCUCAAGUCUCUCCUGCUGCAGCUUCAGUGCAGACUGAGGAGGUCUGAAAGGAGGGGGCGGGCAGGAAGAGGCUGGAGUCAGUGACACCCCCUCCUUCCUACGCUGCGGUAUGUAAAGCGCAGUAGGGGGGAGGUGGGGCCCGCGAGCGACCCCAGCGGACCCGGGCGGUCUGAGCGCCCCCUCCCUCCUUUACGGUACACCCACGUGCGGGGGUGAGGUCGAUCCCGGGCGGGACUUACCCUGGAGACGCCACUGCCGGGGGGCCCGCACACCUCCUGAGGCCCGGGGCCGGCGGGCUGGCGAAGAGGGCUCUGGAAGCCGGAGCCCCGCAGCCGAGGAUGCGCCAGAGCGCCUAGACGACGGCGAGAUGACGGCUGGGAGCCCUGGAGACUGCGGGGAGGUGCGCAGGAGCCCCGAGGGCCGCGUCUCUCGCCUGGGCCGCCGCCUGGGCCGCCGCCGGCGCCCGCGCUCCCCGCCCGAACCUCUGCGGGUGCGGGCACGGCUGCGGCUGCGCUCGCCGUCGGGGGCGUUCGCGGCGCUGGGGGCGCUCGUGGUACUGGUGGGCAUGGGCAUCGCCGUGGCCGGCUACUGGCCGCACCGCGCCGGCGCCCCAGGGCCGCGCGCUGCCAAUGCCAGCGCGCCCCUCCUGAGCGAGCUGCGACGCGAGGGUCGCGGCGCCGGCCGGGCCCACGGCCCGCACGAGCGGCUGCGGCUCCUCGGGCCGGUGGUCAUGGGCGUCGGCCUGUUCGUGUUCAUCUGCGCCAACACGCUACUCUACGAGAACCGCGACUUGGAGACGCGACGGCUUCGCCAGGGGGUGCUGCGGGCUCAGGCGCUCCGCCCUCCUGACGGCGCCGGCUGGGACUGCGCCCUCCUCCCCAGCCCCGGACCCAGGACUCCCCGAGCCAUAGGCCGCGCAGAGCCAGAAAGUUGGGACCUGUCCCCGCGUCGGGGUACCUCACCCGUCCCGUCAGUGCGGAGUCUGCGUUCAGAGCCUGCUAAUCCUCGCCUGGGGUUACCUGCCCUGCUCAACAGUUACCCUCUGAAGGGCCCAGGGCUGCCCCCACCCUGGGGUCCACGGACCCAGACUGGCCAUGUGAUUAUCACCGUACAACCCUCUGGUUCCUGCAUCGAACAUUCCAAGUCUCUGGAUCUGGGCCUUGGGGAGCUCCUACUUGGGGCCCCGGCAGCUCGAGACUGCGCUCACCGGAGCUGGCCACGGCUGGACCGCCUCAGUCUGGGGGGUUAUGCCAAGUUGGGAGGAGGAGGGGACUUGGGAGCCCGGGUUUGAGGAGCAGGGGACAGCCUUCUAGGGGCUGCAGCAUGGACAUUGGUAACAGGACCAGAAGUCCCAAUAUCUAGUAGAAGCAUCAGUCACAUCCCAGACUGGAGGUGGAUGCUCUGGCCCCAUCAGCUGCUAAGGCAUCCUGACUUGCAUGUCGGCAGACAAAUGCCAACUGCACAGGGUUCAAAAAGCUGGAGACAAUGCGCUUUAAUGUGGAGUCUGGAGACCAGCAUGACUCGGCCUUGGGAUCUCUUUUAAGCCUCCAAAAGUGGCCUUACUUAGCCUCGGACAGGUACCUGAGGGGGCUGGAGGUCCAGGUCAGGGUGACUGGGAGAAACCUGGUGUCUUGGCAAACCCCAAGUGGUGAGCAAGGACCCCUAAGACUCAGAAGGUAGGUUGGGGUGUUACAGGCUGGGAUGGGCUCCCUCCAAGGUGGUGCCAGUUGCGGGGUCGGGGAAGAUGGCGAUGGGGUAGAGCAGAGACCCUCCACUGCCAUCUGGGAUGGGGCCUGAGGCUUUAUCUCCCACCACCUCAGCCCCUGUCUCCCCUCAGCCAUGCGGGGUACACCCCACUAGGGCUACACUACUGCCAAAGUCUUCCUACCGAGGGUCUGGCCCCUCCCUAAACAGGUCUGAGAAGCCCCCUUCUCUCCUCUGUCAUGGCCUGUGCUGCAAAAUCUCCCUCCAGCAGGCAAAAAGCAUUUGUCAGAUCUCCUUUUAUACAACGUUGAAGCCACAUUUUGGCCAAUGUUGGGUAGCUUACUUUAGAAAAUGGCUUGAAUUUGGGUCUCCCUUACCCAUGUUUAAUUUUUCCCAGAUUGCUGGUAGGAAAAGAGAACUUUAAAAGUUGAUCAAUUCUCACAGAUUCAGUCUUUUUUUUUUUUUUGUAAGUUUAUUGAAAAAUGCAA